CCGCCAUCUGUUCACUGGAGCCGUGUGUGCUCAGAUUUAUUCUAGUUUUGCGAAAGAAAUUUGAAGGACACAGUCGCCAUCUGUUCACUGGAGCCGUGUGUGCUCAGAUCUGAACGUUCAAACGUCACUACUACUUCUACUACUGGAUCUGCUGGUCAAAUCUAGUUGUUCACACAACCUGUAAUUUAACGAAAAUACUCCACUACAGAGUCGACGCCCUGCCCCGCCCCUUUGUCCGUCCAUUUGCCUUGAUUUUUGAAAUUUCAAAUCAUUUCUAUCCAACCGUCAAAGAACCCGGCGAGAAUCGAAGCCGCACCAAAUGUUCCUUCCACUGCGUUUGCUCUAUGUAGUGGUUAUUCUUUUUUUCUCCAAUUGUACCAGCACUGCAAUGCCUAUGGUUAAACCAGAAACCCCCAAAGACGAGUCGCCUCUUGAAAAUAUUCCCGUGAAACUCUGGCGUUCCCACAAUGGCGAAAUGCUUGACCCCAAAACGGAGAUUACACCGUGUUCUGCUGAAGAUAAACUUCGAGGAUGCGUGAUAUCUCCUGAGGAAUGGCAAAUUUCGGUUGAUGGUUUGUAUUAUGGAGUUGUUCAAGAAGGGUAUCGGUUGAAAGCCACUUCAACGAAGCAUCUCAAAGGAACAAUUGAUGCAUCCAAGGGGUUGUUGUUGGGCACCGUUAGUUUUCCCUACAUGUGGAGAAAGGUGAGAUUUUUGGAUGAUUUGCGCAAGGUUGAGGUCGGUGGGAGGUUCGAGUAUUCUGAUUCUGUGGUGAAAAAGAUGCGGAAUUCGCAUUAUGCGACGUGUCGGUGGAAGAGUGAUGAAGGGGAUGAAUAUUCCACGACAUGGGAUGCUAUGUACAAAAAGGUGGAGGUGCCUAUUUAGAAUCAGAUUUAGUGCUACUUUCUUUGUUUUUUUUUGGCGCCCUUAGCUGGUGUAGAAAGCGCCAGCACCUACGAAUCUUCUUACACUUUCAGUGCCGAACAAGGCGUCUCAUUCUGCUCUCUGUUGGAUUCUUGGACUGCUAUUUCUUUUUUCACGCGCUCAACGUGCGCAGUAUUCGUCACCUCGUUCACUUGAAGCAAACGGCUUAAGGCUCACCUGUACUGUGACUCCGAAUUCGCCUUGACCAAGGGUUGACAAUAUUUGGUGUUAGGCUAGGCUAGUCUUCUUCGACGUAUCUGGGACGCUCUUCUCGCAACUGACAAACCUACAAUAACGACGACAACUUCACAAAAUAACCACUGUUCAUUAUUAAUCCGCUGCCGAAUCGGAAUAUCCAUAAAUCACUCGUAUUA